UAUGAAUUAAAUAUUGUAUUAUAAUGUUGAAAUAUAUUUUAUUAAGUCAAGUAAGAAGCUGAAAAAAGGUUUUUAAUGGUGGAAAGAGAAACGUUUUCCCCACCUGCACUUUCCAGGUCGCUCCACUCCUUGGUGUUCUUCCGCCCAGCCAAAGGAUCAAGGUUACGCUCGUCUCUGCCUCCUGGCGGAUGAAUCCUUGAUCCCACCGGAGCGACGGCCGGUAAAAAAAAAAAAACACACCGACAAAUCCGAACAGCUUUGCAACAAUGCUGCCCGUUCAAAAGACAAAACUCGGGUCCAGGUUCUGACUAAUGUGAUGGAAAGCGCAAACCCAGAGACAGAGACAGAGACUCCUCCUCAGCACUGGAAAAGUUGCAAGCUGAUCAUCGACCCUGCAUUGACCAACGGACUAUACAAAGUCUGCCGCUUUGAUGGACGAUAUUUUAACAUACCUGUUGAGGAUUUAGGUCUUUUUCCUGUGGACACAGUCAGAGAUCCCAGAGUCUGCCGCCUGUGGAGUAAACACAACAAGACUGAUCUAUCGGUUCCUAAGUUUAAGAUUGAUGAGUGGUUCGUUGGGCCUGUUCCUCCCAAGGAAGUGACGUUUUGCAGAUUAAAUGAUAACGUGAGGGAAACGUUUCUCACAACCAUGUGCCACAAAUAUGGUAAAGCUGAAGAGGUGGAGAUAUUUUACAACCCGAAGAGCAAGAAGCAUCUGGGAGUUGCCAAGGUCGUCUUCGACACGGUGAGAGCUGCCAAGAACGCUGUGCUGCACCUUCAUCAGACGUCCGUGAUGGGAAAUAUUAUACACGUGGAAAUUGAUCCUAAAGGCGAGAAAAGGAAGCGAUACCUGCAGCUGCUGUUUAACGGCCUGUAUACUCCCUGGACGUUACCUGUGGGAAGCAGCGAGCGCGCUCUUCAGAGCUUAGUCGACACCCUGGUGACCAGCCCAGACACCCGUCAGUCAGGAUCGGCCUCCAGCCCUGCCAGUAUUGCCACCCCCCUCUCCCUGGACACAGCCUACUCCAGCCUUUAUCAGGACACUCCUUGCAGCUUUGGCCUGACGCCGCAGUCUCAGGGAACCCCCCGGACCCCCUGCCUUUCUGCGACUCCUCUCUCCCAGGACUCCUGCUACUCCAGCCUUCAGGCGACUCCGGUCCUCCAGGGGGAGCCUUCCAGCCACAGUCUUCACAAACAUUUGAGACGAGCGCUCUGUCAUCCCAAACCUGCGAGGCAUCACAGGGCAUCUCACCCGGCUUCAAAUGUCAGUCUGAUUUUGAAGAAUGGCCAGCCGCACCCUUCGAACCCCCCCUGGGGUCAGAGGCAGGCCGAUAACCGUUCAGUUCAGAGUCACAAGCGCUCAGCCCACAAGGAGCCCCCCUCUUGUCCUUCAUCCCCCUUUCAGGAGUCCGAACCCUCGGGUACCUCUUCCUCUGUGACCUCACCUCCCAAAUGUUACCCUGUCAGCAUCCAGAGCGAUCGUUUCUCAGCUGACAGCCAAACUACGGCAAUCUUCCCACACAAGGAGUGGCAGCCGGAGGGGGAGAGUUUGGACUCCCGCAUUGAAAGUUUGCUGAUACACAAUCAGAUUUCUGACACUUUAUAUUUUGAUGAAAAACCCCCAGAGGCUGACGGACACUCUCCCGACAGCCCUUCCUCGCCUGGUUGUCCCCCUAAGUGUCCUUUCUCCGAUGGUUCCCCUUUGUGCUCGCCAUCACCCGGCGAAUCCUUCGACAGCAGCCACCAGCGCCCCGGCAGCGCCGCAAGGAAACCCCCUCCGUCGUUGCUCGUUGAAAACGAAGAGGAUGAAACUAAUCGAGCUGUUUGGUUUCUCAAAGCAAACUCCCAGUCUCCCACCCUUUCUGAGUUAGAACCCUCAGAAAGCAGAGACAUGGACAUGCCUCCAUGGAUUUCAUCCUCAAAGGAGCAUUAUGCUGUCGACAAGGAUGCAGAGCACCCACAUGCAGACCAGUCUGGAUCCCUGCCACCAGUAAAAGACACAUCCUCACUCCCCAUUGCUCCAUCUGACUCUCCUCUCACUAAUCCCAUUCGACCCAGCCUCCCCAUAGCUCCUCCUCCAGUGACAGUCAGAUGUCCACUUCCUCCACAAGCCCCUUUCCCUAUCCCCCCCUUCCCUCCACCCAUGCCGCCUGUCCCUCCUCGCCUACCCAACGGCACAAUCCCUAUCCCACCCCCAGGCUGGAUACCGCCUCGGGGCAUCCCCAUCCCACCUCCGCCUAUUCUACCUCCUCCUUCCAUUCCUCCCCCACCAGCCUUUCUGGCACCACCUCCACCGUUCCCUGGCCCACUACCCGUUCCGCCUCCUCUGCCCAUUUACCCCGCACCUGUAAAGUCCACGGGACCCUCAGUUCGAGGGCAACCUCCGAGGCACGGAAGUGCACCUUUCCCAUUCCCUGGACCCCCCUGGCUCGCCCCGCCUUUCCCCUCUUUUAAUCCCUUUGUGCCGCCCCCAGACUACACUCCUGCACAGGAAAAUCGCUAUAAGAUCACAGUGGAAAAGGUUUUAGAAAUCCUGGUGGAGGAGCUGAAAUCCAUCAUCAGGAAAGACAUCACCCGAAGAACGAUUGAAGGAGUGGCCUUUAAGGCGUUCGAGGACUGGUGGCACUGUCAGGAGAAGAAAAAGGUCCAAGCUUCCCCCGUGAAAGGCGGAGCUCCGGGUGUUGAGGAGAGAAGAACAGUCGCGAAUCUCCUCAGCCACAUCGGCCAGAAGGGCAAAAAACCUCCUCUGCCAUCAUUCAGGGUGAAACGAAAGCGAUCAGGAGACAAUCAGUCAAGUUCUGCCCAUGAGACGUUGAAGUCGCAGCAGGAGGAUGAGCUGGAGAAAUGCGCUGCUGAGAGAGCCAAGCGCAGGCACGCUAGACCCUUAGAGCUGGACAGUGAUGAUGAGCGGAAAGAAGAGGACGAAGCACAUAAUGAUCACCACCAGAUGCUGGACCAAGUAGCGGAUGUUAAGACAGUUCCUGAUGAUCCUCAGAAUGGGUCUGACAGAGAUGAUGGAGAGGACCUUGAUCAGCGAUGUGAAGAAGAGACAUCGGCACAAGAACGGCUUGAAGAAGCAGCUGUUGUCUGUCAGACUAACACAGAGGAACAGUGCCUUGAAACUGCAGAGAGAUUACCAGAGAGCAGCGCCUCAGGAGAAAGUGAUUACUCGUCGGAUUCUUCCGGCUCGUUCCCCUCAGAGCGCUUUGACGACUCGUCGUCCGACCUCAGUUCUCGGCACGAGGACACGGAGGAGGAAGAAGAGGAGGAAGAGGAGGAGGAGGACGUGGACGACAGGAGGGAAGAGUGCAUUGUUAUAUCUUCUGACGAAGACUCAGUGGAGCUCGAGCUCAGUGUGAGCCCCACUGCUCCUCUGACGCCCGGAGCUCAGCUGGAUCUAGACCUGGAAGCAGAGGAGAACUUCGCAGCCUGCCUCCAAGAGAUCAGUGAUGUGGACUCCAUGGUGGAGCUCCACCGCUGUGGACCUCCAGACCUAGACCUCAUUUCCCCAGUAGGACUAGAAGGUGAUCUUUCAUUGUGUUUUCAUAGUAGUAGCUCUGAAUGGAGGGCAGAGCCCUUGGAGAACGUGGACAACCUGAGGCCCCUCACUCCCACUGGCAGCUUGGUGGACAGCGACGCUGACAAUCUGGUGAAAAGCAAACCAGCAUCUCCAGCUCUGGAGGAGGUGGAGAGGCCACCCACACCAGGCAAGGGGAUCGUUGUUGCACUGAUAAAUCUAGACUCGGAUGAAGCCGACGAAAUCACGUCCCUCUCCCCGGCAAGUUGUGACGUCCUUCUAGCUACCCCUGAUUUCCCACCUGCCUCCUGCCCACCGUACGAGGAGAAACCUAAAACUCCUGGGAGGGAGGAGAGCGGUGGGUGGACCCUCUACAGCUCCGGCGUAGCAACAAAUGGCACAAUGACUGCGACUUUUGAAGGAAGCCCAAUGUUUUCACCUCUCUGCAGCCCCCCGGACGUUCUGCCACUGUCGAGCAAUCCAUAUAUCACACCCCCAAAAACCCCAGGCAGAGACAUCUUCUUACCUCGAAGAGACGUAGUCCACAGGAGGAAAACGCCGACGUCCCCUUGCCUACCUCUGUUACACGACAGCCUUCUAAGUGUUUCUCCCCUCCCAAUGCCCUCGCCAUGCAGCCUUUCUGAAUCUUCGUUUGACUCUGCGGACGGAGGCAAUGCAAGCCUAAGUUCAGGCGUGAGGAUGAAACCCUUGCAGGGACUGGAGAAUAUGCCCGGGCUUUACGACGAGGACAAACCCUCAUCGAGGCGAAAACUGUGGCGGAGGCUGAGGCACAGAAAGAGGGCCCUCCCCCGUCAAAGACUGUUAAACGGGAUCAACUGGCCGCGCUCCUUUCAGCGUCACCUCCUGAGGAGGCGUUCGCAGUGUGAGGAGUACAAUAUCCUCCAUGACAUCUUGAAGGAGGGUUUGGAUGAAGAAGAUGCCAGAUAUCUGCAGGGAACCUACGAAAGGCUGCAAGAGCAGGACAGCAGUGCCGGGUGGCUCAGGGAGACUUUGUGGAUACCUCAUCCCCUGACCAAGGUCCCAACAGAGAGCAGUGAAGAAAACCCGUGGCAGCCAGUCCACAGGACAGGUUCUGCUCGCAGCGAAGGGUUCUACAAAAUUAGCAGGAAGGACAAGAUCAAAUAUCUCCUCAACGCAAAGCCAUCCACGGACCUUCACUCCACAACGGCUCAGGGCAUAUGCCUCCCGGUCCAUCAGCACACAGCACUGAGAUCUGGAUCCGACUUCAGGUCCGAACAGCGCCGCCUGCUGUCCUCCUUCAGCUGUGAUAGUGACCUGGUGAAGUUCAACCAGCUUAAGUUUCGAAAGAAGAGGAUUCGUUUCAGCCGGAGUCUGAUCCACGAGUGGGGCCUGUUUGCCUUGGAGCCCAUAGCAGCAGAUGAGAUGGUGAUUGAGUAUGUGGGACAGCUGAUCAGACAGGUCAUUGCAGACAUGAGGGAGCAGAGGUACGAGGAGGAGGGCAUCGGAAGCAGCUAUUUAUUUCGCGUGGAUCAGGACGCCAUCAUUGAUGCCACUAAAUGUGGAAACCUAGCCAGGUUCAUCAACCAUAGCUGCAGUCCUAACUGUUACGCAAAGAUCAUCACAGUGGAGUCUCAGAAGAAGAUAGUGAUUUACUCACGGCAGCCGAUAAGCGUCAAUGAAGAAAUCACUUACGACUACAAGUUUCCCAUCGAGGAAACAAAGAUCCCUUGUCUGUGUGGAGCCGACAGCUGCAGAGGAUCCCUGAACUGAUCUCUGAUUGACGGUCAGCGGCCUGUCAUGCUCUCUCUCUGCAUCAUAGCCGCUGUUUCCAACUGUGCAGUCGCUAAAACUUUGCAGGCGGCUUCAUUAUGCACAGAGGAAACGAGACUUGAAACUUUUUUUUUUCACUUGACAGAAAGGCAAAGGAAAAAAUAUUUGGACCAACAGUUUUUUUCUGUGCACGUUUGGAAACGAUUAUCUAAAAUCUGGUCAAAUACAUCAGCAAAUCACUUAAAAAAAAAAAGUGCCACCAAGAACCAAGUAGCACAAUCAAAGUAUUUCUUUCAACAGGAUGGACCCAAAAUAUACAUUUUUUAUAGACUCAUGGCAUUAAAAUGUCUGAUAACCUUCGAGUCCAAACGAUACUUCAAUGUUUUCAUUUGUGAGAGCUUUAAUGGUGUUUGGCUUGAGUCAAGCCUGUAAAUAUUUUAUAGAGUAGAAAAUCCACAUUAGGAUUUUAACUUUUUAAGGUUAAGACAAAUAUGGGAGAUUUGCCAAGUAAGACUUUUUUUAUGAUAUCAGAAUUGAUGAUAACAUCUAAAGGAACUAAUCAAUUGUAAGGAAAAAAACAGAAAUAAAGAUGCUGAGAAUUA